CUCCACAGCCCACCGGGUACAUGGAGAACAGCAUGCCAUACAGUUCUAUUGAGGAUGUCCAGCUUCUGUCCUGGGAGAAUGCUCCAAAAUACUGUUUACAACUAACUUUUCCCGGAGGAACGGUCCUACUCCAGGCUGCAAACAGCUAUCUAAGAGAUCAGUGGUUUCACUCCUUGCAGUGGAAGAAAAAGAUCUAUAAGUACAAAAAAGUUCUGAGUAAUCCAAAUCGCUGGGAAGUGGUGCUGAAGGAGAUCAGGACCCUGGUGGACAUGGCACUGACGUCCCCCCCUGCAGGAUGAUUCUAUCUACCAGGCACCACUAGAAAUUGUGUCCAAGCUACUCUCCGAGAAUAGCAAUCUAACCACUCAGGAGCAUGAAAGCAUCAUUGUGGCUAUUGCUCCUCUUUUGGAAAACAACCACCCCCCUCCUGAUCUCUGUGAAUUCUUCUGCAAGCACUGUAGAGAGCGUCCUCGUUCCAUGGUGGUCAUUGAGGUCUUUACUCCAGUCGUACAGAGAAUCCUCAAGCACAACAUGAUGUACUGGAUCUCUUUUACCGGCUUGGAUACCUCUCUCUAUCUGCUGGUGGAGGUUGGAAAACACCUGCAUUUGCAGGAUUUUGGGAAGUGUCCUCGAUUAAGGCUGUUUACUCAGGAGUACAUACUGGCUUUGAAUGAAUUAAACGCAGGAAUGGAAGUGGUGAAGAAAUUCAUACACAGCAUGCAUGGGCCCACUGCAAACUGUCCUCACCCCAGGGUCUUACCAAACCUUGUGGCCGUCUGUCUAGCUGCCAUUUAUUCCUGCUAUGAAGAAUUCAUCAACAGCCGAGACAAUUCGCCAAGCCUGAAAGAAAUCCGUAAUGGCUGCCAGCAGCAGUGCGACCGCAAGCCCAACAUCCCCUUACGGCUUCUUCACACCAAUCCUGACCUGGUUUCCAAAGAGGUCACGUCGACGGAGUCCCGACACAAGUCAGUCAUCGUCACAUCAAACGAGAUACACGUGGAGGUGGAGCGCAACAAUACAGUGAAUCAGAAGCUGAAAGCAAACACUGGCAACGAUAGUGAACCCAACUUGAUUGACUGUCUGCUCAUCAGCCCAGCCUGCAGCACCAUGAGCAUUGAGCUCAGCCCACAGGCCGAGCGGGUGUUGAGCUGCUACGUGGAAAUCCUAAAGAUGCUGUCCAACUAUGAUGACUGGAGGCCAGCUCUGGCAAGUCUGCUGCAACCCAUCCCUUUUCCCAAAGAAGCUCUUGCCCAUGAAACAUUUACAAAGGAGCUGAAAUACGUCAUUCAGAGAUUUGCAGAGGACCCCAGGCAAGAGGUUCACUCUUGUCUCUUGAGCGUCAGAGCUGGGAAGGACGGCUGGUUCCAGCUAUACAGCCCAGGGGGUGUCGCCUGUGAUGAUGAUGGUGAACUCUUUGCCAGUAUGGUACGUGUCUGCAAUAAUGUUCACAUUUUGAUGGGUUCCUGUUAUAAAACCAAGAAAUUUCUCCUGUCGCUGGCCGAGAAUAAGCUGGGGCCAUGCAUGUUGCUUGCCUUGCGAGGAAACCAGACCAUGGUGGAGAUCCUUUGUCUAAUGCUGGAAUACAACAUCAUAGAAAACAAUGACACACAGCUGCAGAUCAUAUCUACCCUGGAGAGUACAGAUGUAGGAAAGAAAAUGUACGAGCAGCUUUGCGACAGACAGCGGGAACUGAAAGAGCUGCAAAGAAAAGGAGGUCCCACUCGCCUAACACUGCCAUCUAAGUCCACAGAUGCGGAUCUCGCCAGGUUACUGAGCUCCGGCUCUUUCGGAAACCUAGAAAACCUCAGUCUGGCCUUCACCAAUGUAACGAGUGCCUGUGCUGAGCAACUCAUCAAGCUGCCUUCACUCAAACAGCUCAACCUGUGGUCAACUCAGUUUGGAGAUGCCGGUUUGCGGGUUUUAUCUGAGCACCUCACUGCGCUGCAAGUUCUCAACCUGUGUGAAACCCCUGUCACAGAUGCUGGGCUGCUGGCACUGAGC